UUAGUAAAUUAGUCCGUUUUUUUUUUACGGGCGGUUCAAAGUCUCGCAAUUAUAUUAUGUUUUAAUGAAGACAUCGCGUUUAUCGAAUAUUGUAUUUCACCGAAUCGGAUACAUUUUUUCCCCCAGAUAUGUAGAUACUCUUUCUGAGAGCAGAGCGAAGGGAAACGGCGUUCCAGAGCCAGCUGUCAUAUGUGUUUAUUUCCAGAGAGGUCGGUGGCUGUCAACGUGCCUUUCUUCCGUCUAUCUACGGACUGUGCUGCGCCAUUGAAAUUCUGCACGUCAGGCACAAUUUGCCGUGCUUUGGCUUGAAGUUCGCAAAAUCGUGACUAACUGAAAUGUCUCUUGACCGCGUUUUUAGUUUGUUUAGUUAGCUGCCUUCACAUACUGCAGUGUCGCGUGAAACGCGCGUCGAGGACGUAGUCUAGAAAGUUUCCUUGUAUUUUAAUUCAGUGGCACGCGCUUCGUUUGUACUUCGUUUGUACUUUUUUUCGUACUUGUUGGUAAGGCACGGUCUUCGCAAUGGGUUGUCAUUCGUAAAUAACAUUUUAUACUUUGUUGUGGUCUCUUUUUUUUUUUUUACUCAGUCGUGUGUUAUAACUAACAAGUAUUGACAAACGUUAAAAAAGUUAACGUUUUGAAAGGUAGUUACGUAACGUUAGCUAGCUGCCAUUGUGUGGGCGAGUUUGGCGAAACUUGUGAAAGCGAGGUAACGUUGCAAGUAAUCGAACGAACUUUAAAAACGUGUUUUUUAUUUUAUUUUCAAGUUUGCUUGUUUACUUGAUAAGUUUAUUAUCUCUAAAUUGAUUCGAUAGUCAAGCCGACGUGCGCAGCCGUGUUUUUGACAGAUUUUUCGAGUUCAGUCCUGUUUGUCUUUAGAGGGGCGUUUACCCUGAAGUGUCAAACUAGCUGCCCGGCCUCAGUUUGCUACAUGUAUGUGCACAAGCUAAUAUGUAGCUAACUAUGAUAUUAUGUAACGGUUAAUGAUUGUUAUAACGUUAUUGUACUGCAUCAUAGCAAGCUUUUGGUAAUGUCAAUGCUGAUAUCCUUCUUGAAUUUUAUAGCGAAUUCAUGUUUUCUUGUGCUUAAUGUCUGAUUUACAUCUAGCUAGCAAGCUGAAUUCGGUGCAUUGCUAGCAAACGUACAGUACAUGGCUAAUUUGACGGCAGCUACUUUCUUUUAACGUUUGACACCCCCAGAUAUUUAGAUUUGUUAGAUUAAGUGAUCAGGGGAAUAACAGCGCACGAGAUGGCUAUGUCAAGGCUUUUUAACUAGCUAACGUUCGCUAUAUUUUCGUCUCGCGAGGAAAGUAGAAAGCCAUUCAGCUUACGUUGCACGAUAAAUAUUGGCUUUGAAGACUGUUUGGAAACCAUAGAUCUCAUAAUUCCAACAAACUGGAGAUGAACUAGCUUGGGAAACUCCAAUUUUUGAUACAGGAUCAAGAAAUGGAUCCAGGUGGACUGAAACACAGCAAUAACAAGGACAAGGGCUUGGCUUUCGGUAAACUCUCAGAGAGCGGUGUAGAAGGAAGCUUCUCGGGUGACGCAGGUGGUUCCAAGUCCACCACAUCAACCUCCCUGAUGCAUCUGCCAGGCUCCAGACCCCAGCCACCAGCCAGAGACUCCGCCAACGGACUGAAUGCCACUACGACUCAGAUGGAGCUUUCCACAGGGGGACUCACUAUAGAGGAGGCUGAAGUGAAGGUAAUGGAGAAGGCCCUUAGAAUGCAGCAGCCACAGAAACCGCAGCAGAACCAACAGCUGUUUGAGAACUUUGCUCUGUUGGAGGCGAGUAUUGCAGAUUUGAAUCGAUCCAACACCCCAGGGAGCUCUGUACUUGGACGCCCUCAUGACCUUUUCUCUCUGAAAACGGAGAACUUCUCACCCAUGGAUAAGGACAGGCUUGACAUGGGGUCAGUCAGCUUUGGACAGUCACAGAAGGACUUGGAUGUCAACGAGAGGCUCCUUGGCGACAAUACAAUGGACAUUCUGCACGAUUUGGACUUGCCUGGCUCUCUGUCUGACCUGAAUGAGUUUUACGUGUCUGACGAGGCUGCUUUCCUUUCCUCCCUGUCAGUGGAGGAUGUCCUGCUCGAGGACGGCAACAUGGAAACCAAGCCCAUAGACUGUAGCAAUGGGGGAAACUGUACAAAUGUGGACAGCGUGGACCAGCAGAAGCAGCUUCUGGAGCCAGGCAUCUCCAUGCCUGUCAUCAAGACGGAGGAGGAUGCUGACACCUCCUUCAUCCAGCUUUGCACCCCAGGGGUCAUCAAGCAAGAGAAUGAUCGUCGGAGCUAUUGUCAGAUAUCCAGCCUGGACUUGCCUAGUACCCACAACUCGGUGGGRUCCAUGAGCGGGCCGAGUUACCCCUAUGGAGCAAACACCUCGACAGCAGUGAGUCUACAGCAGGAUCAGAAGCCUGUCUUUGGCCUGUAUCCCCCACUGCCAUCGGUCAGUGACAGCUGGAACAGAGGCAAUGGAUACGGGGCUGGAUCAGGGAUGUCGAGCUCAUCUUUUCCUGUCGGCUUCAGCAGUCCAACGGCGAGACCCGAGGCCAGCGGCUCCACGCCGUCAGCCCCUGCCAAGCCCAGCGGUCCAACCCAUAAGAUCUGCCUGGUGUGUUCAGAUGAGGCGUCUGGUUGCCACUAUGGAGUCCUCACCUGCGGAAGCUGCAAGGUCUUCUUCAAGAGGGCCGUUGAAGGAUGGAGAGCACGACAAAACACAGAUGGACAACACAACUAUCUGUGCGCUGGGAGGAACGACUGCAUCAUAGACAAGAUCCGCAGGAAGAACUGCCCGGCGUGCCGCUUCCGCAAGUGUCUCCAAGCAGGGAUGAAUCUGGAAGCGAGGAAAAACAAGAAGCUGAUCCGAUUAAAAGGUCAGCAGACAACGAUGGAGCCGAGCCCUCCCCCACCUGACGAGAGGGCCUGCGCCCUGAUCCCCAAGUCCAUGCCCCAGCUGGUACCCACCAUGCUAUCCCUGCUCAAAGCCAUCGAGCCGGAGGCCAUUUACUCUGGCUACGACAGCACCAUUCCCGACACCUCCACCCGCCUCAUGACCACCCUCAACAGGCUGGGCGGACAGCAGGUUGUCUCAGCUGUCAAAUGGGCCAAGUCCCUACCAGGGUUCCGGAACCUUCACCUGGAUGACCAGAUGACCCUGCUGCAGUGCUCCUGGCUUUUCCUCAUGUCGUUCGGCUUGGGCUGGCGCUCCUACCAGCAGUGUAACGGGGGGAUGUUGUGCUUCGCCCCUGACCUGGUUAUUAAUGAUGAGAGGAUGAAGUUGCCCUACAUGACCGACCAGUGUGAGCAGAUGCUGAAGAUCUCCACUGAGUUUGUGAGGCUGCAGGUGUCCUAUGACGAGUACCUGUGUAUGAAAGUCCUGCUGCUGCUCAGCACAGUACCAAAAGAUGGAUUGAAGAGCCAGGCUGUGUUUGAUGAGAUCCGCAUGACCUACAUCAAGGAGCUGGGGAAGGCCAUCGUCAAGCGGGAAGAGAACUCCAGCCAGAACUGGCAGAGGUUCUAUCAACUUACUAAGCUACUGGACUCCAUGCAGGAGAUGGUGGGGGGCCUCCUGCAGAUCUGCUUCUACACUUUUGUGAAUAAAUCCCUUAGUGUGGAGUUCCCUGAAAUGCUGGCCGAGAUCAUCAGCAACCAGAUACCAAAAUUCAAAGAUGGGAGUGUCAAGCCGCUUCUGUUUCAUCAUGCCUUAAACCAUGACACAAUGCCUUAAAACCCCGGCCUCCCCUGCCUUCCGUCCGCCCGCCCGUCAAAUUGCCAGCCAGCCAGACCCGCCUAUUUUCCCUGCAGAUGGCCCAGGACCCCCACCAUUACGGAUUAAUGUAGUGAGAGGGUGCUCCUGAAUCGGUUUCCAGAGGACUCCGGUGGAGAAAUAGAACUUUCAAAGGAGAAUGACACAGUGACCGAGCGACAGGUCACAAACUAGACUGACCCUUCUGAAUCAAACAUAACCUUUUCUGGAAUCGUGUUUAGACCAUGAAUCACUUCAUAACAGUUGAUUAUUGUGAGAUUGGAGGAAUCAAAUUUUACCAAUGAAAAGAGAUUAAUAUUUUGAAUUGAUUUUAUGCAUGCACACACCGGCUCUUUUCUUCUUUUUUUCUACACACAAGAUUAUCAGAAAAGGGAAAACGUGCCUUUUUUUGGUUUAGCUUUGCAGGCUGUCUAUAGCCAUUCUUAUCAAACUGUCAAAAGCAAGUAUUUUGCAUAGGAAUCUAAUAUAAACACUUUUGUAUGCAUUUCUAUCUGUUAUUCACAAUGGCAGUUUCUGUUCUCUUAACAGCCAUGUUUCUUUUCUCAAUUGGGCAGCUUAAUGAUCCCCAGAAGUGAACUAGCGAGAGUGAGCUCCUCGUGUAAGGUAAUGAAAUCCAACAUUUAUGUCCAAUUUCAUUCUCCGCAACCUUUCAUUAGUUGUUAUACGCAAAAGCAUCAAUAAUGCUUUGCGGUAUUAAUUAUUCAUAAGGAGAAUUUGGUUCCUGCCCAUGUCUGAGCUUAUGUCACAUACAGAAUGUUAGAAUUCAACAGUGGAAAAAAAAGAUUCACAUUUGUUAUAGGUGAAACGUCAGUUCAACCUUUACAGUACCAGUCAAAAGUUUAGACACACUUAGUCAGUCCAGGGUUUUUCUUUAUUUUUGCUAUUUUCUACAU